CGAGCUACUACUAGAUCACGUGACAAGCAACGUGACUCUCCAGUUUUCAAUGGUAGCUGCAGCAGUCCGAGUAGCAUCCGAGUAUCCCUGAGUGUUAUCUAUUAUUAGGCUUCAGGAUGAUGAAGAGAUGGCUGCUUGCUGUGCUCCUUGCUGUGUUUUCCGGCAUGGUGUGGUCCAGGGCUUGCUCUUCAUUCUUCUGCCGAAAAUCUCUCCGUGUGAGUGAAGGACGAUCUGAUGGACCAGACCCCGGAAAACCACUCUUUCUCACGCCAUACAUCGAACAAGGCAAGAUGGAGGAAGCCAGAAAGCUGAGCUUGGUUGGCCCUCUACCUGGUGCUAAUGUAAAGAGUUACUCUGGCUAUCUCACGGUCAACAAAAGCUACAAAAGUAACCUCUUCUUCUGGUUCUUUCCUGCACAGAUAAAACCAGAGAGUGCUCCUGUGCUGCUGUGGCUGCAGGGAGGUCCUGGAGGCACAUCCAUGUUUGGCCUUUUUGUGGAACAUGGGCCUUACUUUGUCUAUAAGAAUCUCACAUUGGGAUACAGAGACUUCCCCUGGACUUCCAGAUACUCUGUUCUGUACAUUGACAAUCCGGUGGGCACUGGAUGGAGUUUCACUUCCGAUGAUAAAGGCUUUGCCAGAAACCAGGAUGAUGUUGGCAGAGAUCUUUACAAUGCACUGAUUCAGUUCUUCCAGCUUUUUAGUGAGUUUCAGCCCAAUGAGUUCUAUGCCACAGGAGAGUCCUAUGCAGGAAAGUAUGUUCCAGCGAUUGGCUACUACAUCCACAAGAAUAAUCCUUCUGCUAAGUUGAAGAUUAAUUUCAAGGGGGUGGCUAUUGGAGAUGGCCUGUGUGAUCCUGAGAUGAUGUUGGGAGGCUAUGCAGAUUUCCUGUAUCAAACCAGCAUGGUGGACGAGCUGCAAAGAGAGUAUGUGAAGCAGCAGACAGAUGCUGGUGUCAAAUUCAUCCAGCAGGAGAAAUGGAUAGAAGCCUUCGAGGUUUUUGACACCUUAUUGAAUGGAGACCUUGUUCCUUAUCCAUCAUUCUUUCAGAAUGCUACAGGAUGCACAAACUACUUUAACUACAUGCAGUGUCGGGAGCCUGAAGAUCAGGAGUACUUCAGCAGCUUUGUGACACUGCCUACAGUAAGAAGCUCUAUCCAUGUAGGAAACCUGACAUUUAAUGAUGGCUCUGAGGUGGAGAAACAUCUUCUCCAGGAUGUAAUGAAGUCCAUCAAACCCUGGCUAGGUGUACUCAUGGACAACUACAGGGUGCUGAUGUACAGUGGACAGCUGGAUGUGAUCGUUGCAGCUCCGCUGACUGAACGCUUCCUGCCCACAGUGAACUGGACCGGGGCAGAUGCCUAUGUAAAAGCUGAGCGUUUCUACUGGAAGGUGCAGCCCAGUGACACAGAGAUAGCUGGGUAUAUCCGACAAGUGGAAGAGUUCUACCAGGUGAUUGUGAGAGGCGGGGGACACAUUUUGCCUUAUGACCAACCAGCAAGAUCCUUUGACAUGAUAGACAGAUUCCUGUCCACAAAAGGGUUUAUCUGAUGCCAUCCUUGUAAGGUUUAGGAUGUUUUAAUCACCUUGUCUGGAUUUCUUUUUUCAGUCAUGACUGGUUCUUUAUUAAUCACCACUAACGAAUCAGAACAGUGUUUGUAUACUUGACCAUAUAAAGAUGCUGUAAAUUAUUAUUUCCAGGGAAUGUACAGAUUUUGUGUUUUUUUUUUUUU